AUGGUUGAACUGCGUCGUUCAGUGGGAGGACGAAGCAAGAAAACUUCACCACCAUUCUUGUCUCAUGAAUUUAUUAUUCAAAAUCAUGGCGAUAUCAUGUCAUGUUUGUUGAUGAUCGUUGUCGUUGGACUUCUUUUCCAGGGCACAUCGGCAUUGGCAAGCAUUUUCAUUGUUCCGCAGUACAAUGACACAUUUCCGCUAACCGUGGAUUCGGAACCACAAGCUUAUUAUCGGACUGGUUUGAAAGAUAUAGCAUCUGUUGCGUUUUAUACUGUUGGAUGGAUUACUGUUCACGCUAUUUUGCAAGAAUAUGUGUUAGACAAAUUACAGCGGAAACUUCAUUUGAGUAAAACAAAAAUGAGUAAAUUUGCUGAAUCGGGGCAAUUAUUCGUUUUCGCUUUAUACUCCAUUAUACAUAGCGGCUAUAUAAUGCACGAUCUACGAAUGCAUUUAGACCUUACCAAAUUGUGGGUUGGAUAUCCUGAAAUCCAUCGUCAUAUGACACUUCAUCUGAAACUCUUUUUUAUUUUUCAGAUUGCUUAUUGGUUGCAUCAGUUCCCUGAAUUCUAUUUCCAAAAAGUGCGUAAAGAUGAAAUACAGCUUCGAACAUUGUACUCAGUUAUUUUUCUUUUCUUCACCGUUGCAGCAUAUUCUUUGAAUUUCAAUCGACUUGCACUAGCCCUCCUUUUUCUGGAGUAUGUGUCACAAAAUAUUUUCCAUCUUACUCGCCUAUUUCAUUUUGCUGAAAAAUGGAAUAUUGCGAAGACCGGUUUCAAAAUUUGGAAUAUUGUAUUUGUGCUAGUACGAUUGGCGAGCGCAGUGUUAGCUGUACUUACAUUAUGGUAUGGGCUUCGUUCCAAUGAAACUCCCUAUAUGGAUCCAGUGAACGGAAAUUUCAACACUGCGUUCAUUCGACUGAAUAGUUUAUUAUGCGUUUUGGCGUUGCAAUUAUAUAUGCUGUGGAACUUUGUUUUAUUCCAAGUACGUCGUUACCGGGAAAAGCAUAGCAAAAUUAAAAUGGACAAACAACAUAGAAUCCAGAAUAAGAGAAGGAAACAUAUAAAUGACGAUGUACGCGAUCUUCCAGAAGCUGAUCAACAUUCUCGUAAGAAAUUCAAUUAA